CGACUUGCUUUCAUUAAAUUAUGAUCCAAGUGUAUUUCUUCAGAAGGAAGAUGUUUGAGCUGUGUUGUUGACGAAUCCGUGAUUUGGAUCCUUUGAAUGUUUUUGGAAGCAUUGGUUGGUGGUUAGGGCUUAGAUUAAAAAUUUAGAUUUGUUAUAUAACUAAUUCCGUGAGAAAUAAAAGCCCAAUUAUUCUACAGGCCCAUCUAACCAAAAACGGGGACCUAAUUCCAAUUUCUGAAAGAAAUCGCUGGCGGAAGUAGAAGGUUCUAGUCGGAAGGUCUCAGAAGUCUAUAGAGGUACCGUUGGGGCAGUGAGCAUAUUUACCAGAAAACUCCAGAAUUCGUUAUUGGAGCUUCUAAGCAGAGAGAGAGAGAGAGAUGGCGGGAGACACAGCUCGGAGGAAGAUCAAACUUUUUUGUCCCUCGGUAUCGAAGAUUGUGGAGUGGGUUGCUUGGAACGACGAGAAAAUAGACUUUAGAGCCAUAGCCGCAGCGUUUGGGCUCGAACCAUCGACGGUGAAGCUCAAUGGUCACUUCAUUAGCAGAGGUUUUGAUCUAAUCGCCACUUGUGUGACGUGGCACUCUUUGCUCACUUUCUUCUCUGCUAGAGGCUUGUCUACUGGUAAACACGAAGCCGAUGCUCUGCUAGUUCACGGCAAGCUCUCUAAACUCGGGGCACACUCUGAUCCUCAGGAGGACUUAAUCAAAACGAAGAAGUUGAAAGAUAAGUGUUCAGUUGAAGAAUCACCCAUCUCUGGAUGCAACAAGAGAAAGCUUUUGUCUCAAGAUUCUCACUCGCUCAAGAAACUAAAACUCAACAUGGAUGAUAGUUUUGGAGGGAGCGGUUCUAAAACGCCGUUGAAAUGCAGUUUCAUAAGUGAUAAUGGUCUGAAGAGGACAAGAGACGAUGAUAUGAUUGCUUCUGCAUCUUGUAAGAAGAUAAGAUGAGCAGGCUGUAAUACUUUUUGUCCCUAAAUAUUUGACUAAACGAGAAUGCAAAAUUUUAACUCU